UUCAUCAUCACUUGCAACCUAUACCAAGUAUAAACAUGGAGGAGUUUGAUACCUUCAUCAAUGGCAUCCUGUUUGACAAAGAACCAACUAUGACAGACGAGUUGGCUGCAUAUAUAAACUGCAUCUUAGAUGAAAAAGAAACAACACUAAAAGAUGAAUUAGAUGCGUUUGUGAAUUGCAUCUUAGAUGACAAAGGAAAUAAAGAUGACAACAUGCACCGGGACAAAAUACAAGUUGAGCCGAAGAAACAUGGCCAACAGAAGAGAAAAGUAAAACAUGGAAAAGAAACAGCAAAGUGUCAUCUUGCUGUUGUGUGGAAUCAGAGAGUCUGUAGACCAGCAAAUGCUUUCAUCAUUUACUCCAAUGAAUAGCGUAAGAGAAUGUCUCUGCAAUACCCACAUGAAAAUAACAAUGAGAUAAGCGUGAGGGCUACCAGCCAUGUAAGGUGGUUUACUGGAGUAAACACUGACAUUUCGAGAGAACAGAGCACCCUGAGGGGGGGGAGGAUUAACGUUAAAAGGAACAGCUUUUGUAUAAUAACUGCAAUAUCGACCCUAACCAUGAGUGCCA